AUGAAUAAAAGUUUGAUGAAAUCCUUCUUAGUGAUUUUUGCUUUUGCUGCCCUUGGCCAAUGCUUGCUAAGUAUCCCCUUAAAAAAAAGUAUACCAUUUAGGUAAACUUUUGAUACUUCCUCGAACUCUCACUUGAGAAAAAAUGUUGUAAACAAUCUUGUCAACUAUUAAGAUGGUAUUUAUUAUGCUGAAGUAAAAAUUGGAAAAUCAUAAUAACCACUCUAAGUCAUAUUUGAUAGUAGUAGUAGUGAAUUUUGGAUAGCCUCCAGCAAGUGUCAAUCUUGUGUUAUAGCUUAAAUGUAAACUUAUGACUGCAAAGUGGAAGAUUUAUGCAUUACUUAAGAAGAAUAAUUGGUAUAUUAAUUCGAAACAGGAUUUAUCACUGGUAAUUUAGCUAAGUUUUAUCUAGGAGUACCUGAAACAAAUUCAAUUGAUUACUUUGGAGUUUUAAUUAACGAAGUUGAAAGAAUUCCUUCUAGAAUUAACGGAGUCUUUGGUUUAAUUCCUUCUGACAACUUAACAGAUACUUUGACUCAACCUAACUUAGUCCUUUAGUUGCAUUAAACUCAACAAAUAGAAAAGCCAUUAUUAUCUUUCUACUUUGCUUUGGAGUAGGAUGAAAAAGCUGGUAAAUAGAACUCUUCAGUUACUUUUGGAGGUUACGAUGACUCUAAAAUAGUAGGACAAAUUGAGUAUUUCAAGACUGUUUAACAAAAUACUUGGUUUGUAGAGUUCAAUGACUUCGAAGUUGAUGGAGUUAAUGUAUUUUCCCAAGUAAACUAUGCUUUAAUUGAUACUAGCUCUCCCUUAUUUUAAUUCAAUCCUAAUAUCGCAGAAAAAUUCUAAGCAAUACUAGCUUAGAGAGGAAUUUACAUUGGUUCAGACAACCAAAUUCCCUGCAAUUCUGAUCUUCCUACUAUAGCUUUUACAUUGCGUAAUACCUAAGGAAAUCUUGUGAAAUUUGAAGUUGAACCUUCUUUCUACUUGAUUUAGUCAUCAAAUUUAUCAAAUGUUUGCUAUUUAUACGUAUAUGGUGAUUGCUAAGGUCCUGCUUUAGUUGUAGGAAGUCAAUUCAUUAAAAAAUAUUUGACUAUCUUUGAUUAUGAGCAAAAAACAAUUGGUUUAGCUCGUUCUAUUAACAACCCCCAAUAGUCUACCUUGUAAAAUUGA